CGGGCCGUGUCCCGGGGGACCCUAGGGGCGGGAGCUUGUUCUAGGGAGUCCUUAGCGGAGCAGGAAGCCUCGGGGUGGCAUCGAGUAGAUUAGUAUUUGGAGAGGGCGAGGGACGCGCGUCGUUGACAACCCCCCGGGCUCAAGAGUGGCGGGUCUGAACUCUGGAAGCGGGGUCAUGGUCAGAACAGUGCUAAUUCUGAUCAUAGCUGCCCCCUGUGACCACCCACUCGGCGCCUGGCGCUGUGCCUGAGGCUACUCUGAUGGCGGGAAGCGUCGGAUGCAGGUUCGGAACUCGGGGUUGUGUGCAGAAGGCGCAUCCUGGGUAUCUGAGAGGAGCUGGUGACAUGGAAAGUCACCUGCCGCGGGCACAGGGUUGAAAAAUAUAGGCCAGUAAAGUUGAAUGAAAUUGUCGGGAAUGAAGACACGGUGAGCAGGCUAGAGGUCUUUGCAAGAGAAGGGAACGUGCCCAAUAUUAUCAUUGCUGGCCCCCCCGGAACCGGCAAGACUACAAGCAUCCUGUGUUUGGCACGCACCCUGCUGGGCCCAGCAUUCAAGGAUGCUGUUUUGGAGCUCAAUGCCUCCAAUGACAGGGGCAUCGAUGUGGUGAGGAACAAAAUCAAAAUGUUUGCCCAGCAGAAGGUCACCCUUCCCAAAGGGCGGCACAAGAUCAUCAUCCUGGAUGAAGCAGACAGCAUGACUGAUGGAGCCCAGCAAGCCUUGAGGAGAACCAUGGAAAUCUACUCCAAAACAACUCGCUUUGCUCUUGCUUGUAAUGCUUCAGAUAAAAUCAUAGAGCCCAUUCAGUCCCGCUGCGCAGUCCUCCGCUACACGAAGCUGAGCGACGCCCAGGUCCUCGCCCGGCUGCUGACUGUGCUGGAGCAGGAGAAGGUGCCCUACACCGACGACGGCCUGGAAGCUGUCAUCUUCACGGCGCAGGGGGACAUGAGGCAGGCGCUGAACAACGUGCAGUCGACUUUCUCGGGGUUCGGCUUUAUUAACAGCGAGAACGUGUUCAAGGUCUGCGACGAGCCCCACCCCUUGCUGGUGAAGGAGAUGAUCCAGCACUGCGUGAACGCCAACAUCGAUGAGGCGUACAAGAUUCUCGCUCACCUGUGGCAUCUUGGCUAUUCGCCGGAAGACAUCAUUGGCAACAUUUUUCGAGUGUGCAAAACCUUCCAAAUGGCGGAGUACUUGAAACUGGAGUUUAUCAAGGAAAUCGGAUACACGCAUAUGAAGAUAGCAGAAGGUGUGAACUCCCUCCUGCAGAUGGCAGGGCUCCUGGCCAGGCUGUGUCAGAAGACAAUGGCCCCGGUGGCCAGUUAGGGGGGAGAACUCGUUGCUCGGGGUGACAGGGGUCCUGAGAGUCCUCGUCCAGGAGAGACAGGAGUCAGCGCCUUCUGAUUUGGAAAAAAGGCUGCCCUCGAUCGGCACGGGGAUGCGCCUGCCCCUGACACAACCGUGGUCUCCACGCCGCUCUCACACGUGUCUGCAGUCAGCCUCAGCCUCAUGGACAUGGUGACAGGGUGACAGGGCCCCAGAGAACCUCAGGGCUUGGCACCCGACCUGGGCACGUGUGGCAUCUUAGUUAAUAAAAACGCUGUACGGUUUUGUCGGCGCUAAGGUGGCGUCGCCAGGCAGCAAGGAAA